CAAAGGCAAAAGAGAAAGCAAAACGAGAACAGAAAGAUAGCAGUGGCCUGGGACGGCCAGAUGGACUCUGACACUGUUCCCCAGCCUGGAGGGUCCUGGAUGAUUUAGAGGAGACCCAGAGUUUGUUGCGCGCCAGUCCAGAGCCCGGAGCAUCAACUGGGGGGAGGAUUUCAUGCUCCCUCCCUUGGUCUCAGAACACACAUCCAUCCCAUCACAUCACAUCCCAUCCAGGCAGCGAGAGGAACUUUUGCCAAGGUGUUUUUUUGUGGUGACUCUUUUUGUGAGAACUUUUUUUUGUUCGCCUGUGACUUCAACUUCAACUUCAACUGACAAGGUUUUUUUUGGGUUUUUUAUUUCUCUUCUCACUUCGUCUCUCCCUUUCUGUUGCACUUUGUAAAACUUUUUACGACUUGCUCCUAACUUUCUCUUACUGUCACUUUAGAUUCCGACAACUGACCCUCUUUUUGUCCUUUUGUUUUAUCUCUCUCUUUUCACCCGAUCUCUCAGUGUGCUUGCUCACUUUAACUUUCUCUGACUGUCAGUUAAGUUUUUCUUUUUUUUGUAAGGUUUCAUCAUCACUCCUUUCUCUCAGUCCUGCUCCAUCUGAUCCUGUUCUUUUCCUUCCUCUUUCCGUCCCUUUCUGUCUGUUUCUUGUCCUUCGCCUCCCACUCUCUUUCCAUCUAUCUUUAUUUUAUUUGUGAUUUUAGUGCGUGCGUGCGUGGGUGGACAACAUGUUGCCGGGGGUGUUCAUGAUGUGCUGGAUGGGUGUUCUCCUGGGGGGCGUAAGGACUCAGUCCCAGUCCCAGUCCCAGCAGUCCUCAUCUUCCUCCACCUCCACCCAGCAGCGGGCCUCCUCCUCAAGCUCCUCUGCCCAGGCACAGCAGCCCUCCUCUGGGUCGGCCGCCGCCGCUGCUGGCCAGGACCCCUCCAACCCCUGGAGGCAGCUGAUCCAGUGGGAGAACAAUGGCCGCGUGUUCAGCCUCCUGAACAGCGGCGCCGAGUACGUGCCGGCCCGGACGCCCGACCACGGCGCCGGCCACCAGGUGCUGCUCGCCGACGCGCCUCGCCGGAACCGCCGGCCGCAAGGCGGGAACGUGAGGCGGCAAGCUCCGGCCCGGGGCGGCUCGGAGACGGUCCGCGGGCAGGCGCGUCACCCGUUCGGGUUCGGACAGGUGCCCGACAACUGGCGCGAGACCAGCAGCGGCGGAACCGUCGGAGGAGGUUCCAGUUCUAGAAGGUUCUCGUCGUCCUCCUCGGGUUCCGCAGGCUCUCGAUUCCGACCGUCCGCAGGCGGCUCCUCUUCAUCCUCCUCCUCCUCCUUCUCACAGUCUCAGUUUAACCUGCCAGCCUACCCAGCGUACCCCUACGCACCCCAGCAGCAGCCCCCAUCCUACCCGCUGCCCUACGACCCGAGCCUGGGUGACCGCAGCCUCGAGCCCCCCUUCUACCGCCCGGGCACUGGCUACUCGGUGGGCGCCGGGGGUGGGGGCUUUCCCCCAGUUGGCGGAGGAGGUGGCUACACAGGCGUUGGCAUUGGCGGUGUUGGUGGUGUUGGUGGUGUCGGCGGCGGUGGUGGCAGCUACAGCUACGGCAGCCUAGUGCCCGUGCCCCCGCGGGCAUCCCUGGACUUCGCCGAAGGCGGCUACUACCCAGCAGCUGCAGCUCCUUAUGGGCCACCGUACCCGGUCGUGCCCGGCGCCGUUCCCGCGCAGCCCGCUGCUCAGCCUGCUCAGCCACCCUUCAGCGACGGCCUGGACAGGCGCUACACACACAGCCUGUAUAACUCGGAGGACUCCGUGGAUCCUGGACCUGGGCCCGUGGUGCCCGCCGCCGCUGCCGACCCGGGUCUGGGUCUGGGUCUGGUGCCAGGCCAGCCACCGGUGAGGAGCCCGCAGUACGAGCAGUUCCCGCCGUUCGGACGCCCGCAGACGCCGCCGUUCGUCCACCCGGUGCCGCCCGUGCCCGCCGCUCGGAACCCGCUGGUGUCGAACUCGGCCGAUCCGGCCAACCCGGCUAACCCGGCCAACCCCAGCGUAAACGUGGGCACCGUGUACAGGCCUGAGCAGAGAGGGCUACCUGACCUGGUCCCAGAUCCGAACUAUGUGCAGGCCUCCACCUAUAUCCAGCGCGCUCACAUGUACUCACUACGCUGUGCCGCAGAGGAGAAGUGCCUCUCCAGCACGGCAUAUGAAUCGGAAACCUCCGACUACGACGUCAGGGUCCUGCUGCGAUUCCCCCAGCGGGUGAAGAACCAGGGCACUGCCGACUUCAUGCCAAACCGCCCGCGCCACACCUGGGAGUGGCACAGCUGCCAUCAACACUACCACAGCAUGGAUGAGUUUAGCCACUACGACCUUCUGGAGGUCAGCACGGGCCGCAAGGUCGCUGAAGGUCACAAGGCCAGCUUCUGUCUAGAGGACACCACCUGUGACUUCGGACACCUCAAGCGCUACGCCUGCACCUCACACACACAGGGUCUGAGUCCUGGUUGCUAUGACACAUAUAAUGCAGAUAUUGACUGCCAGUGGAUAGACAUAACUGAUGUCCAACCAGGAAACUACAUUCUCAAGCUCACAGUGAACCCCAAGUACCUGGUGCGGGAGUCGGACUACACCAAUAACGUGGUGCGCUGCAAUGUGCACUACACCGGACGCUUCGUCACCACCAACAACUGCAAGAUCGCCCAGUGA